AUGGCUGAGACCAAAUGGACAGUUGUAUCAAGAAAUAAGGGCCUUCGUGGCACUUUAAAAAGGGAAAAAAUCAGCCAAGUGUCAUUUCUCUCCCCAACAAUCUCCAAAUCCAUCUCUUCCCUUCACUUCGCAACGGAGGCGAAACUCCGGUGCACUCUCUUCCACCCUCAGCACAAAUCCGGUGCACUCACUUGCCAAACCCUUGCUCGCAAUCGAUUUCGCUGCAAAAUCUCCUCAUUGUCAGCUGCCACGAAAGCAGCUAGUCCAUUCAGUAGUAAAUGUGGAUUUUUCGAAUGGGUCAACCAAGGAGAGUCAAGCGAAGAAUCAAGUGUCACUAAUGAAGCACUCAAUGCUGUGGCAACUGAGGAAGUUGAAAAUUUGUCAAGUAUGUUCAACACUCUUGCUCGAAUAUUCGAUGAACGAGACUUGGAGAUUAACUUGAACAUUACAUUUCGCAAGGGAAAAGGAAGUUCGAAAGGCAACGGGAAAGCAAAGGAGUCAUCUUGAUUAGUUGUAUUGCUUUGAACGUGUUAGUUGAUUUAUGUUUGUACUAGAACAUAUGAACGACGUAACUAGUAUUAAUUUUCUAUCAGAAAAUGGGCGUAAUGCAAUUUAGGUUUAUGUUCCUAUUGCGGAAGAUGAUUUAAACUGACUUUUGGUUGUUAUA